UUCCUCCUCCUCCCCUCUCUUAGCUCACCGGCGUCUGGGCGUGGACGUGGGUAGUGCCUGACGAACAGUUGUCACACUUCCUGCAGUAGUUCCUGGUCCGCGUAGUUGGUGACGGCUCCUGGUGGGAAGCGACGCUGCGCAGGUGUUCGGGGCGGGGCAGGCCGGGCCGCACAACAGCUGAUCGCCAAAACAUUGCACGCCGCCGCCAGCAAUGCCGUCUGUUCUGCUCACUGACUCCAUAUCCGUAGAGCUGGGAGCUCAGGAGCCAUGGCCCAAUGAUGUGAAGUUGUUCCAGCAGUAUGAGGUGGAGCAGAUCCUGCUGCCAGACAAUGCCAACUGUCUGGCAGUGCAGGCGUUCCUUAAGAUGUGUCAGCUGAACCACACGCUAGAGAUGCGUGGCAAUGCUGAGCACAUGUCCCCUAGUGGUCGCGUGCCGUUCAUCAAGGCUGGAGCAUUCGUGGUGGCGGAACUGGACCCUAUCGUGGCCUUCGUGGCGAACAAGGGCGUGACACUGACAGAGCGGCUGGACACCACACAGAAGGCAGACAUGCGUGCCUACAUGUCCCUGGUCAGCAAUGUCUUGGCCAAUGCUGAGCUCUAUGUCUCCUGGGUUGACCCGGCCACCUAUGAGGGCGUGACCAAGCCUCGCUAUGGCUCGGUGUACCCGUGGCCCAUCAAUGUGUUCCUCACCCGACAGAAGCGUAAUCAGGUCGUCCGUCGGCUCAGGGUCUUGGGCUGGCAGCAGAAAACCUUGGAGGAGGUGUACAAUGAGGUGGAGCACUGCUGCAGUGCUUUGUCUGAACGCCUUGACAGACAAGACUUCUUCUUUGGAAAGAGACCCACCGAGCUAGAUGCCUUAGUGUUCGGACAUCUCUUCACUCUCCUGACAACGCCCCUACCCGACAACAGACUGGCAACCAUUGUACGUUCUUUCAGCAACCUGGUGAAGCUCUGCCAAGUGGUGGAGAGAGAUUUCUUUGAGAAAGCUAAUGGUGGUGGCAGCAGCAGUGGUAAUGGAGAGGGUGACUAUGAUAAGCUGGAAGACCUUAACCAACUCCCAAUGUAGUUGCAAAAUGUAUAAAAAAAACCCACUUCUUUUGAAACCUUAUAAGAGUACUUAACAGAAAAUCAAAUCCUAUAGAUACAUAAUACCCACCAGUUCUCUAGCCAGGUCUACACCGAAACUUGAAAUUCUACAUACAAUAUAGUAUCUCUUGGGCUUAUGUACAUGUCCAUGAUAGUGAGGAGAGCUUGUGCCUAGAAGGGCCAAAACUGUGAUAAUCAGCUGCUGAAUAACAAAAGAAAUGUAAUCAUACAUGACAGUAUGUCAUUGCAAUUUAUUGGUAAUGAGACAUACUCUUCCUAAAACAUAUUUGAAAAGUAAAGUGGUUAAUUCCUUUCUCCAUAAAUUUAUAAUCUUUCAACCAUUAUUCAUAUUUUGUCCUGUUCAUUAUCUUAGCAUCAGUUUUCACUGUAACUUGAGUCAAUCUUAUAGUGACAUAUGGAUUAGUCUUCAGAUGAGUCUGCUAAUGAUUGGAAGUUUGUAUCACAUUAACUGAAUAAUAUGUUUCUGAUCAAGUACUUAAAAAUCACUUAGUUACAAUGGUAGAUGCCAGUCAUAUCAUAUUUAUUCUGAGCUUAUAAAGUGAGCAUGAGUAUUUAUAUGGAAUAUUAAGUAACAACCCUUACAGCAUAAAUAUAAAAUGAAAGGAAAUAACACACUUCUACUUAUUUAUCCCAUACAAUAUAAUCAGGCAGAGAUAAAUGAAAAAGUUUGAAGAUGCUACAGAAAGGGAAUGAAAACUUAUGAAGAUCACAUUAAAGAGAAAAAUUGAAGCUAGAUAUGAUUAAGAAAGAAUAAAUAUUGCAAUACUUACUAGAUUAUGUUGUUUGUGGGAUUGCAAGGGUUUUCAUAGUGAAAGGAAGAGGGUCAAGACAAUGUCAACUGAAUCUUGUCCUACUGGAUCUUGUGACUUGCAGCAGGAGCUUCAUGGCUUCUGUUAGUCAGGUUUGGUAGACAAGUUUCCUGUGAAGUGUUUGAUUAUUACUGAUAGCAUUAAUGCAUUAUCACACUUGAUUUUAUAUUUCUCUUACAAAGAAUUUAUAAACAUUGGAUUUUAUAUUUCUCUUACAAAGAAUUAAUAAACAUUGUGGAUGAAAAUGUUACCAGAUGCUUCUGUUUAGGAUUUGUGUGUUUAUGUACAUAGCAUUAUAUAAAAUAUCAGCUGCAUUUCAUGUAAAUAGAUUUCUCACAUUAAGCAAGGAAUGUUAUCUUUUUUAAUUAAGAAGCCAGAAUGUACCAGUUUGGCAAUAAAUAAUUAUAGUAA